ACAAAAAUGUGGUCAAUUAUUUCCUGUUAAGCGGUGGUCCGGAGCUCUUCCUAACGAUUAUGUUUUUAUGGCUUAUAUUUGUCACAAAAUUGGGACCAAAUCUCAUGAGAGACCGAAAGCCGUUUGUUUUGCGCGAAAUAAUAAUGUUUUAUAACUUUAUAUUAGUUGUAAUCAAUGCUUAUUUUACAUACAAAGCGUUUGAAUGGCUAGAGUUUGGCCGCAAGUCUUGGGACCCGAAACAACCCGAACGUAACAAAUGGUCGGACAAAGAGAUCGCAGAAAUACCCGAUAAAGUGGUGUAUUUUUACUCAAAACUCAUUGAUUUAUUCGAUACCGUAUUCUUUGUGUUGAGAAAAAAGUCAAAUCAAAUCACAUUUCUUCACGUUUACCAUCACUUUAUGGUUCCUGUAUUGAUGUAUAUUACGAGCAAACUCUGUGUGCGAUCAUCUGUUUUCGAGAUUACACACAGUUAUGUGAUAUUAUCUAUUGUCGGCAUUUGGACCCCAAAUACAGCCCUAUUUAUGGUGGAAGAGAUAUAUCACACGAUUGCAUUCGCAUUCUUCGGGUAUUGUAUUAUUAAUGGUCUGCUUUAUGGCGAUUGCAGCGGUUAUCCCAUUGCUCUACAAUUGGCUGAUCUGAUAAACCCGGUAGCUAUUGGUCUCGAAAAAUUCUCCUAUCACGGAACUAAAGAGCAGACAAAUAUGUGCCCAAAAAAGGGACUGAUAGGCCUAUCAGUGGCGGCAGUGAUUGAGCCCCGAUGUGGCGGAGGAGCGGGGGGUCUAUCGGGCAGACAAUCCGCAUAUGACUAUCAAUUUGGACAAAACGGACAGUCAUUUGGCGGUGGAUUGGGAAGAGUCGGAUGGUUUAGCGGCGGAGGAGGCGUCCAAAGUGGCUUUGGCGGCAGUGCUCUGACUUCAGGGAUCAGUCAACGAGUUAGAAAUCAGUUGAGCUCAACCUCUGUGGGCCAACUUCUGGGAGGUGUGACCACCGGUGCGCACAACUGCGUCAAUGGGCACCAGUCGACCGGUGCAGAAAUUGCCGGACAGUUUAAAGGCAGCCUCGAUUUGGCCCACAAUGAGGGUCGACAGCGAGUGGCGGACACUUUCAAUGGUCACCCAAUCGUGGCUAUAAUUGGUGGCCAAUCGGGACACUCAACUGGCGGACAGAGCGGCUCGGCUUCCGACUGGUCGUCGCAAUUGUCGAGCGGUUCCCAAAACUCUGGCCAUAAAAGCGAUGGUUUUAAUUACGGCUCAGUCGCCGCGAUUCACGGAUUAAAUACCGGUGUAAUGAGCGGUGGUUUGGGAGGCAUUGGUGUCAACUAUUAUGGCCUUAAGGAUUGGCAAAACCACGGAAUGGGAACCACUGGUCAACAGCACAGCACACAAGUUGUUGAUAACACCAACACCGGAUCCACUGCUGGAUACGUGUCGGUCACCACCGGAACCGCCACUACAACGGGAAAAGACAUUUCAAGUGACAUAAAGGGACACAUUUGCGGAACCGUUGGCAGUGUUGGCGGUAUUAUCGGCGGUCAAUCGGGACACUCGACUGGCGGUAACAACAAGUGGUCGUCCGAGUGGUCAUCGCAAUCGUCGGGUGCGCACAACUCUGAUCACAAAAGCGGAAGCAAUAGUGAGACCGUAAUCACGGGCCAAAUGGGUGGCAUCGGAACCAUUGGGCGCCAACAAAGUCAAACCCAAAUUGCCGGUCAAACUAAUACUGGAUCCGUUGGCGGACACAUGUCUGUCAACACCGGAACCGCUACUACUAGUGGUGAAGACUUUUUAGGUGACAUGAAUGGACACGUUUACGGCAUAACUACGGGUCAAACAGUGGCCCAUAAGUCAGACUCAUCCGAUUCCAGCUCCUGGUCCUCCACCUCCUCCUCUUCCCCGUCGUCGAGCGGAUCCCAAACCACGGGUUUGUCGGGUGUCAGCGGAUACGUGAGUGGAGCCAAAACUGGUGUAAUUAGUGGUGAUUUGAAUGUGAAUGCACUCAAUGGAGGUCAGUGUGGAGGACACCUGUCGGGCAGUUCGUUGGGUUAUAACUAUCGGCGA